UCGACCCCGCCCCUCGGCGAUCGGCUGGUCGAACUUGAUUCUGCUUUCCCGACGUGCCCUGCGUCGCGCCCCGCGAUUGUUGCUCUGUCACGGUCGCCGCCGGUGCGUGGAAGACGGAGCCAUGAAGCAGGAAGGCGGAUCGAGACGCCGCGCCGGAUCCGAAAAGGCCAAGCUGCCCCCCGCCGAGCCCCCGCAACCUCCCCCUCCGGCAACCGAUGUGGAGAUGCCGGAGGAGGCGCCUCCGGCCGAACCUGCUUCGGCCGAAAAAACGCAGCGCGAGCUCGACGCCGUCACGCUCGAAGACAUCAAAGAACAUGUGAAGCAACUUGAGAAAGCUGUAUUAGGGAAGGAGCCUCGUUAUGUUCUACGUGCCCUCAGAGCUUUGCCCUCCACUUCCCGUCGCCUCAACCCCAAUGUGCUCCAAAAAGCCAUCAGUGGCUUUUUCACAUCUAACAGUGCUGUGCGGGACUUCCUCAUCAGCUUCCUGGAGGAGCCUAUGGACAUAGAAGCGGACCUACAGUUCCGACCCCGUACAGGGAAAGCAGCUUCCACUCCUCUUUUGCCAGAAGUAGAAACAUAUCUCCAAUUACUCCUGGUCAUCUAUUUGAUGAAUAGUAAACGCUACCAAGAGGCCCAGAAAGUUUCAGAUGAUUUGAUGCAAAAAAUAAGUCCUCAAAAUCGCCGUGCCCUUGAUCUAGUGGUGGCCAAGUGUUACUAUUACCAUGCUCGUAUCUAUGAGUUCUUGAAUAAGUUGGAUGUGGUCAGGAGUUUCCUUCAUGCUCGUUUAAGGACAGCAACACUCCGGCAUGAUGCAGAUGGACAGGCUACUCUGCUAAAUUUGCUGCUCAGGAACUAUCUUCAUUAUGACCUUUAUGAUCAAGCAGAAAAGCUGGUCUCCAAAUCAGUGUUCCCUGAGCUGGCAAACAAUAAUGAAUGGGCCAGGUACCUCUACUAUACUGGACGUAUCAAAGCCAUCCAAUUGGAAUAUUCUGAAGCUCGGAGAACUAUGACAAAUGCGCUGCGGAAAGCACCCCAGCACACAGCUGUUGGCUUCAAGCAGACAGUUCAUAAGUUGCUGAUUGUGGUGGAAUUGCUACUGGGUGAGAUUCCAGAUAGACUGCAGUUUCGGCAGCCAUCUCUGAAAAGAUCUCUCAUGCCCUACUUCCUUUUGACACAGGCUGUUCGAACAGGAAAUCUAGCCAAGUUCAACCAGGUUCUCGAUCAGUUUAGUGAUAAGUUCCAAACAGAUGGAACAUACACCCUCAUCAUCCGCCUAAGACACAAUGUGAUUAAAACAGGUGUUCGCAUGAUCAGCCUUUCGUAUUCACGCAUCUCCUUAGCUGAUAUAGCUCAGAAGUUGCAAUUAGAUAGCCCAGAGGAUGCUGAAUUCAUUGUUGCCAAGGCUAUUCGGGAUGGUGUGAUUGAAGCUAGCAUUAACCAUGAGAAAGGAUAUGUCCAGUCAAAGGAGAUGACUGACAUUUAUUCCACCCGGGAGCCUCAACUUGCCUUCCACCAACGUAUUUCCUUCUGCCUCGACAUUCACAAUAUGUCUGUCAAGGCUAUGAGAUUCCCCCCCAAAUCUUAUAACAAGGAUUUGGAGUCUGCAGAGGAGCGCCGAGAGCGUGAGCAGCAGGAUCUAGAAUUUGCUAAGGAAAUGGCAGAAGAUGAUGAUGACGGUUUCCCUUGAUGCUCUGUAGGGAUGGGCAUAUUUGUUUGCAACAGUUUUUGUUUGUUUUGUUUUUGUUUUCCAAUGCAAACCUUCAUCUAUUGUCUGAAAACCAGAACUUGCCUUCUUUCCAUAUUCUGCAUGUUGGGGGCGGUACAAAAUAUAUAUCCUCUAGCUGCUGCAGGAAGAAGACCCAGGACCCCAGACUAAAGGGUUAGUCCUUGCUUCUGAAGUAAAGAUUACUGUGGUUUUCAGUCAUAAAUGUUCCCUAUAAUGGGCCAGACGAAUCCAGUGUUGUCUUUACUUGAGUUCUACUCCAGCUGGCUAUUUCAGUGACAGAUCUUUGUCAAGUUUUGUUUAGGACUUUUAAAUAAAAGUUUGAGGAAAAUAAAAUGCUUUUUAAAUGGAACUCACAUUUACUCAGAUCUAACAAUAGAGUCACUGGCAAUAUAGGAAUUCAAACUCUUUUUUUUUCUCUCUUAUUGAUAUUGGUAUGCCUAAAAACAUCAUUCUAUUUGAUAAUAAAUCAUAAGUGUUACAGGCAGAGGAAUACAGUCUGAGCACCAAUUAGUGAAAGAAAAACAUGGUUUUUAAAAUUAAAAUAAAUAUAGAAAUUAGA